UGACAAACUGACACGUUUUGUCGAAAACAACUAAUAUCAAAGGAGUGCAUUUGAUUUGAGACCCUGCACAUGCGCAGUUCAGCACGAGACGACGGAUAAUGUUAAGUGUUUCUGAGCAUGAGUUUUUUUUAAGCUAGCCAUGACAUCGCCUACAGGUGUGAUCGGGGAUUUCUAUUGGAGACAGAAAUUGCUUCAAUAUAAAUACUGUUCUUUCUUUGAUAUUGUCAUUUAUCCACGGUCAUUGCCAUACGUCCCAAUGGUAAGGACGUCCCAAGGAUUCCGAAUAGCACUAGCAAUUUAUUCACCGUCUUAGUGAAGUUUUAACAUUUUAACAAAGGUGAAAGAGAUUGACCCGGAACAACAUAGCUAAGUAGCCGGAAAGAGGUUUACAGAAAUAGUAGUUAGCAAAAAGAGGGAUGUAUCCAGCUAGAUUGGACCUGACUAGGUAACGUUGUAAAAGUAUUAAUCUACGUUUAUGUAAGAAGUAUAUCUAUGCAAGGUCUUUGGUGGAUGUAAUGCUUAGCAUUACCUUACAUUUUAAUUUACAUUCUUCGGAAAUAAGCAGGUUCCCUCAGUCCAGCUAGCUAACGUAAUGCAGCUAGCCAGUAAAGCUAACGUUUUUGUUUUUCUUCAGCUUAUAAACUAACGAGUUGACAUUUGCUAAAUUUACUUUUCUGACUAAGUGUUCUAUUGUAAGAGUUUUUGUUUUGUAGAAUGACAGGCCAAGAAUAAGUUUUUCCUGUCCGCAUUGGCUAGCUAGCUUGUGAGCUAGCAUAAUACCUCUCACCGAUACGGGUUCUACGGGAAAUGGUCGACGUUCUCAUGUGCCCAUGGAGAAGGCGGUCUUUGAGGGGUGGCUGGAGUCAGUCUCCGCCUCUUUCCUCUCGCUUAGUGACCAGCAGCGCAACCAGUCCCUGGACCAGCUCAUCUCGCUGAGUAAUGCUGUCCAGCUCCGGCACCUGUCCAAUGGGCUGGAGGCGUUGCUUAAGAGGGACUUCCUGCGCCUGUUGCCCCUGGAGCUCACUUUCUACCUGUUGCGGUGGCUGGACCCGCAGACCCUGCUUACCUGCUGCCUGGUGUGCAAGCAGUGGAACAAGGUGAUCAGCGCGUGCACGGAGGUGUGGCAGGGUGUGUGUCGGGACCUGGGCUGGCGCAUCGAUGACUCCAUCCAGGAUGCGUCCCACUGGAAGGGUGUCUACCUCAAGGCCAAGCUGCGCAUGAUGCAGCUGAAGAACCAGGAGGCAUUUGAGACGUCGUCGCUCAUCGGGCACAGUGCCCGUGUCUACGCCCUCUACUACAAGGACGGCCUUCUUUGCACAGGCUCUGAUGACCUUUCUGCCAAACUGUGGGACGUACGCACCGGGCAGUGCAUCUACGGCAUUCAGACGCACACCUGCGCCACCGUGAAGUUUGAUGAGCAGAAGCUGGUGACUGGUUCCUUUGACAACACCAUUGCCUGUUGGGAGUGGAGCACGGGGGCCAAGAUCCAGCAGUUCCGUGGGCACACGGGUGCAGUGUUUAGCGUGGACUACAAUGAUGAUCUGGACACACUGGUGAGUGGCUCGGCCGACUUCUCUGUGAAGGUGUGGGCGCUGUCGGCAGGCGCCUGCCUCAACACCCUGACGGGACACACCGAGUGGGUCACCAAGGUGAUUCUCCAGAAGAGUGAAGUAGAGUCCAUGGUCCACUGUCCUGGUGACUACAUCCUGUUGAGUGCUGAUAAAUUUGAAAUAAAGGUUUGGCCUAUAGGCAGGGAAAUUAACUGCAAGUGCUUGAAGACUCUGUCCGUGUCAGAGGACCGCGGUGUGUGUCUGCAGCCUCGCCUGCAGUUUGAUGGCCGUUACAUUGUCUGUAGCUCGGAUCUGGGGGUCUACCAGUGGGACUUUGCCAGCUUCGAUAUCCUCAGGGUCAUCAAAACACAGGACCCUGCCAACCUCUCCCUGCUCAGCUUUGGUGAGGUGUUCUCGCUCCUCUUUGACACUGACUUCCUGUAUGUCAUGGAUCUGAGGACAGAAAAAAUAACUGGCCGCUGGCCCCUGCCUGCCUACAGGAAGUCCAAACGAGGCUCCAGCUUCCUGCCGGGAGUCACCUCCUGGCUCAAUGGGCUGGAUGGGAGAAAUGACUCUGGCCUCGUGUUCGCCACCAGCAUGCCCGAUCAUAGCAUUCACUUGGUUCUGUGGAAGGAAAACACCACUAGAGGUGAAACCUACGAUGGCUAGGUUGUCAACUGCCAUGUAAACGGGGUGCUCUGACUUGAAACCCAUAGCCAAGUUAGAUAAUGCAUGGACCAAAGUGUUAAUGUUUUUUCUACCUUUUUCUUUCUCGACACAUGCUCUCAUAAUCAAACAUCAUGCAACGUGCUUUCAGAAAGACUAUUGGAGAUGGUUUCACCAACUGAAACGCUGCUAUGAAUACAAGGGGAUGAAAGGCCCAGUUCAGAGGGCAAAGGCAGCGGUUGGUGUUGGUUCCAACCCUGCCAUGGAUUCUCUCUUGAAGGAAAUACGACGACGGGGAGGGUGGCUGAAUGAAGACGGAACUCUCGAGAAACUGUGUGGUCAUGUCAGGCUCCACAGCUGUAGAUAUUGCCCCUGUAUUACUAUGUAUCGGGACCUUUACACUUCGGACAGGGUUCUUCAAGCAGCUCAGAGACGGGGAGUUGCCUUAACACAGUACUACUUUACAAUGAAAUACAUUGACUGUGUCCUAGGUUUUUCAUAGACUGACCAACCCAUCCCCAUGAGAGUUCCUUGUUGACAUUUUCAAAGUGGUUUAGUGCAUUGGAUUUGUACAAUGUGAUGCGUUUGUUGGAUAUUCAGUGUAACUCCAUUGUUGGAUAAUGCUUUUCUUAGUGGUGCUUGUUUUAAAAGUCAACUUGAGAAAUUUAGUCGUGCCUUUUUCGUUUGAUUUAAAUAUCCAUCUGUGCGAUAAGAAUUCCAUUACCCAGGCACACUGCAAUAACAUGACUGUGUUGUACAUUUUCUUUCAUACUAUAACAAACUGCAUACAAUGUAUUUCUAAUACCACUAUUUACCCUACAUGAUUCACUUGAAUAUAUUUUGUGAAUUGCAGUAUUGAAGUAUAGACCAAGUUCAGUUCUAGGUUAUUUUUCUAAAAGGCUUUGAGGUUGGAAGUCUUCACAAUGUAGUGAUUUGAAAGUGGACAAUUCCACUUUGUUACAGCCUGAAUUUGAAAUGGAUUCAAUUGAUAUUUUGUCACCGGCCUACAUAAUUUCACGUUUACACCACAAAGACCAGGGACGUAUUGGUAGAAGGGUUUUAAAAAAACAUUGAAUUUCCUUAAGAGCAUUUUGUAGUUAUGACACUUUAGAUGGUGUAUCAAUGCACCCAGUUACUACAGAGACACAGGCAUCCUUCCUGACUCAGUUGCUGGAGAGGAAGGAAACCGCUCAGGGAUUUCACCAUGAGGCCAAUGGUGACUUUUAAAACAGUUACACAGUUGAUUGGCUGUGAUAGAACACUGAGGAUGGAUCACCAACAAUGUAGUUACUAUACCAUACUAACCUAAUUAACAGAAGGGAAGAUAAGGAAGCAUGUACAGAAUCAAAAAUACUUUAAAACAUGCAACAUGUUUGCAACAAGGCACUAAAUAAAUUCUGCAAAAUAAUUGGUAAGCAAUUCACUUUUUCUCCCAAAUACAAAGUUAUGUUUGGGACAAAUACAACACAUUACUGAGUACCACCAUACAUAUUUUCAAGCAUCGUGGUGGCUGCAUCAUGUUAUGGGUAUGCUUAACAUUUUUAAGGACUGGGGAGUUUCUCAGGAUAAACAAAUAAACUGAAUAGAGCUAAGCACAGGCCAAACCCUAACGGAAAAUUUAUUCAGUCUGCUUUCCACUAGAUACUGGGAGAUUAAUUCACCUUUCAGAAACACAAUAACCUGAAACACAAGGCCAAAUAUACACUUGAGUUGCUUACCAAGAAGACCCAAUGUUGUGGCCGAGAUAGUUUUAACUUAAAUCUACUUAAUUCUAUGGGAAAACCAGAAAAUAUUUGUUUAGCAAUGAUCAAGAGCCAAUUUGACAGUGCUUGAAUAAUUUUAAAUAGAAUAAUAGGUAAAUGUUGCAUAUUCCAGGUGUGGAAAGCUCUUAGAGACUUACCCAGAAAGACUUGCAGCUGUAUUCACUGCCAAAGGUGCUUCUACAAAGUAUUGACUCAGGGGUGUGAAUACUUAUUUAAAUGAGAUUUCAGGAUUUCAUUUUCAAUAAAUUUGCAAACAAUAAAAAAAAAACAUGUUCAUGUUUUCACAUUAUAGGCUACUGUGUGUAGAUAUAUUUAAUCAAUUUUGAAUUCUGGCUGUAACAGGAAAAUAUGGAAUAAGUCAAGGUGUAUGAAUGCUUUCUGAAAGCACUGCAUGUCUUAUUGUGACAUUAGGUUCAGCAGUGUACUUGGAGGAACUGAGUCACUCAUGUCAGCGUUAAAACCAAUCCAUGCAGUUUUUAAAUGCCCAUUUCAAUACUAAACUCAGCAAAAAAAGAAACGUCCUCUCACUGUCAACUGUGUUUAUUUUCAGCAAAGUUAACGUGUAAAUAUUUGUAUGAACAUAAGAUUCAAAAACUGAAA